GACGGAAGCGGAAGUGGCACGUGGGGUGGGUGGAGAGCCGGCGGAGGCGCCCGCGAGUAAAUGCCGCAGAUUCUGGAAAGUUCUCACCGGGGAGCUACAUAAAGCUGGGCAAGCCGGAUUUCCCCUUCUCUAAAGGCCCGUAGUUCGGUUCGCGCGCUGCGAGUCUAGGAUUGUAGGAAGGAGCAGGUGCUCGAGCAAUUGGCGAGACUGUCCUGGUUAGCUAGACCAGCAGGCAGAGCGGCCAAGCGGCAGGGGGCUUGUCUGUCUUUCUUCCACCACCCCUCCCGGUGGCGCGGCGGCGAGUCCGGGCUGUCAGAGGCGAUUUGAGCUGAGCAAGCGCAAGACAGCGGCAGCAGCUGCAGCAGGAGCUAGCUGCACUCGGCAGGCCCGACGAGAAGCGGCGCGCAGGCAGAAGGAAAAAGCAACAGCAGGAGCUACAGCCAUGUCAGUGGUGGGACUGGACUUAGGCUCUCAGAGCUGCUAUAUUGCUGUGGCUAGGGCCGGGGGCAUCGAGACCAUCGCCAACGAGUUUAGCGACCGAUGCACCCCAUCAGUCAUAUCAUUUGGAUCAAAAAACAGAACAAUUGGAGUUGCUGCUAAAAAUCAGCAAAUAACUCAUGCAAACAACACAGUAUCGAACUUCAAGAGAUUUCAUGGCCGAGCAUUUAACGACCCUUUUGUUCAAAAAGAAAAAGAAAAUUUGAGUUUUGAGUUGGUUCCCAUGAAAAAUGGAGGUGUUGGAAUAAAGGUAAUGUACAUGGAUGAAGAACAUUACUUUAGUGUAGAACAAAUAACUGCAAUGCUGCUAACCAAGUUAAAGGAAACUGCUGAGAACAACCUCAAAAAACCAGUAACAGACUGUGUUAUUUCAGUUCCAUCAUUCUUCACAGAUGCUGAAAGGAGGUCUGUAUUGGAUGCUGCUCAAAUUGUUGGCUUAAAUUGCUUAAGACUAAUGAAUGAUAUGACAGCAGUUGCUUUGAAUUAUGGGAUUUAUAAGCAAGACCUUCCAGGCCCAGAAGAAAACCCACGGAUUGUGGUCUUUGUUGAUAUGGGACACUCAGCUUUCCAAGUGUCUGCCUGUGCUUUCAAUAAGGGUAAAUUAAAGGUUUUAGGAACAGCUUUCGAUCCUUUCUUGGGAGGAAGAAAUUUUGAUGAAAAACUAGUGGAGCACUUCUGUGCAGAAAUUAAAGCUAAAUACAAAUUAGAUGCAAAAUCUAAAAUUCGAGCACUCCUACGCCUCUAUCAAGAAUGUGAGAAACUGAAAAAGCUGAUGAGCUCUAAUAGCAUGGACCUCCCACUGAAUAUUGAGUGCUUUAUGAAUGACAUAGAUAUCUCCGGGAAGAUGAACAGAUCUCAGUUUGAAGAGCUAUGUGCUGAUCUCCUGCAAAAGAUAGAUAAGCCCCUUAAAUCAUUAAUGGAACAAACCCAACUCCAAGUAGAAGAUGUGAGUGCUGUGGAGAUUGUUGGAGGCACCACACGAAUUCCUGCAGUGAAAGAAAAGAUUGCCAAAUUUUUUGGGAAAGACAUCAGCACCACACUAAAUGCGGAUGAAGCUGUAGCCAGAGGUUGUGCCCUGCAGUGUGCCAUCCUGUCCCCAGCAUUUAAAGUACGAGAGUUUUCAGUCACAGAUGCAGUUCCUUUCCCAAUUUCUUUAGUCUGGAACAAUGACUCAGAAGGUGCUGAAGGUGUUCAUGAAGUAUUCAGCAGGAACCAUGCUGCUCCCUUCUCCAAAGUUCUCACUUUUUAUAGGAAAGGUCCCUUUGAGUUAGAAGCUUUUUACUCUGAUCCUGAAGGCUUUCCAUACCCAGAAGCAAAAAUUGGCCGCUUUGUAGUCCAAAAUGUUUCAGCUCAGAAAGAUGGCGAGAAAUCUAAAGUAAAAGUUAAAGUACGGGUCAACACUCAUGGCAUUUUUACAAUAUCUACUGCAUCAAUGGUGGAGAAAAUCCCAACAGAAGAAAGUGAGGGUUCCUCCAUUGAAACAGAUAUGGAGCAUCAGAGCCGACCCCCACCUGAAACCACAGACGUGGAUGCAAAUGAAAAGAAAGGAGAUCAACCUCCAGAAGCUAAAAAACCCAAAAUAAAGGUGGUGAAUGUUGAACUUCCCAUUGAAGCAAACUUGGUCUGGCAAUUGGGAAAAGACCUUCUCAAUAUGUAUAUUGAGACAGAAGGCAAAAUGAUCAUGCAAGACAAGCUAGAGAAAGAAAGGAAUGAUGCCAAAAAUGCAGUUGAAGAAUAUGUCUAUGAAUUCAGGGAUAAGCUAUCUGGGCCUUAUGAAAAGUUUGUAUGUGAACAGGAUCAUCAAAAUUUCCUGAAACUCUUAACAGAAACUGAAGAUUGGCUAUAUGAGGAGGGAGAGGACCAAGCCAAACAAGCAUAUGUUGACAAGUUGGACCAGUUAAUGAAAUUGGGCACUCCCAUUAAGAUUAGGUUUCAAGAAGCUGAGGAACGACCAAGAAUGUUUGAAGAGUUGGGACUAAAGCUGCAACACUAUGCAAAAAUAGCUGGCGACUACAGGAAUAAAGAUGAGAGAUACAUCCAUAUCGAUGAAUCCGAAAUGAAGAAAGUUGAAAAGUCUGUCAAUGAAACAAUGGAGUGGAUGAAUAAUGUCAUGAAUGCCCAAGCUAAAAGAAGCCUUGAUCAGGAUCCAGUUGUAUGUGGCAAUGAAAUUAAAAUGAAGGUGGAGGAAUUAAUCCAUGUUUGUGAACCAGUUGUGACACAACCGAAACCAAAAGUAGAAUCUCCCAAGCAGGAAAAAACACUCAAUGGCCCCAAUGUGGAGAAGAAUGAAGGUUUUGAAGUAAAAAAUAACCCUAAUGCUGAGGGCCUGCAUCAGAAUGGAGACUGUCACCCCAGUGAGAACAGCAGCAUUCAUAUGGAUUUGGACUAAAUCACAUGGAGUUAAGCAGGGUCACUACCAACAAAUGAUGGAAGAAAAUAUUUUUGCCAUAGUAUGUAAUUAGAAGAAACAUACUGAGACUUAUUUAUAAUUUCUUUUUUAAGAAUGUUUAGAAAUUUUUUGUGUAUUAUAUGGAAAAAUGAAAAGCCUAAGUGUGUAAUCAUUAUGAUCCUAAAAGGGAAAAUUGCCUUGGUAACUUUCAGAUUCCUGUGGAAUUGUGAAUUCAUACUAAGCUUCUCUUCAGUAUUAACCAUUUGCAUCAGUAAGGAUGAAAUUGAUUUUGUUUUCUGGAAAAAAAAAUGCACUGCUCAUUCAAGAGGGUUGUGACUAAAAAUCUUUAAGCAUUUGUUUCUGCCAAGGUAGUUUUCUUGCAUCUUACCCUCCUUUUCCGCAUGUGUGUGGGUGUGUAUGUGUGUAAAUAUGGUUAAAUCUGGUUUCAUGAGGGCUUUCCAAAAUGAAUUGUCUGAUAGACUAGGACUUUUUUCUUUAUUAUUAUUUAAAUUUCAUUGGAUAAAAACAAAAGAUAGUGAAAUGUAUUAGUAGCAUGCAGAACAAAACUUUAAAUUUUAUCUCUUGCUAAACAGUACAUUGUCCUGUGGAGAUUUACCAAUGUGUUGAUCCUGUUGUAAUUGGUAUUGUGAAGCAUUUAAUGAGCUUUAAUAAUAAAGUUCAUAUAAAGGUGUCAUUUCUAAA